AUGGACCCAACUGCCUCCUUGACUUGCUCUGGGAGCCAGUCUCCUACAGAUGAAUUUAUGGACGACUGGCUCUUCCUAUCCUCUACCUCAGCUGCCUCUCCUUGCUAUGAAGAAGAGAGCAGAGAUGACAAGGAGAAAAGAGGAAAACUUAAAUCCAAGUUGAUCUCAGCAUGGAAUAGUGUCAAAUAUGGAUUAUCCUUCAAACAGAAAUCAAAUUUAGGCAAAAACUCUACUGUGGUCUUCUUUGGAACGUCAUAUCAACUCAGGGUUCGAGGGGAGAACGAGUGUUUCCACCGCUCCUUUGCUGCUCUUCUGUGGUUUACAUAUCGACGUGGUUUCCCACAGCUGAAAGGCAGCUCUCUGACAACUGACAGCGGCUGGGGAUGUCUUCUCCGCACAGGGCAGAUUUUGUUAGCGCGAGGCUUGCUUCUACAUCUGAUGCCAGAAGGCUUGACAUGGUCUGUGAGCCAUCAUAAAUUCAAAGAUGAUAUGGAUCUCCCAGAGAUCUUCUCUGAAGCUAGAGGAAUGUGUAUACAAAAUUCCAAAGGGCUCGAGAAAAGUGCUCGAAAACUGAGUUUGGGCUCCCUCAUGGACAGAUGCAUGGAGUCCACUCAUAGGAAGGUUGUGUCAUGGUUUGCAGAUAAUCCAUCAGCUCCUUUUGGGAUACAUCAGCUUGUAGAGUUUGGCAAAAGCUUAGGGAAGAAAGCAGGGGACUGGUACGGCCCAUCUAUUGUGGCGCAUAUUUUAAGGAAAGCUGCAGAAGCAUCAACUGCCCUUCCCAAUCUCGCUGUAUAUGUUGCACAAGAUUGUACCAUCUAUGUAGAAGACGUAAAUGAUUUGUGUGAACAGACCUUUUCUGGGAUCUCCUCUGCAUCUAUUCAGCCAUGGAAAGCCAUAAUACUCCUUGUGCCAGUGCGACUUGGAGGACAAGACCUCAAUCCCGCCUAUAUCACCUGUAUCAAAAAAAUCUUGACAUUACAAUGUUGCAUUGGUAUCAUUGGAGGCAAACCAAAGCACUCUCUCUACUUUGUUGGUUUCCAAGAUGACCAUUUAUUGUACUUGGACCCUCAUUACUGUCAACCCACAGUGGAUGUAACAAAGGACAACUUUCCUUUAGAGUCAUUUCACUGUAAAUACCCAAGGAAAAUGCCUUUCUCCCGCAUGGAUCCCAGCUGUACCAUUGGAUUCUAUGCGAAAAGCCAAAAAGACUUUGAAAAACUGCGCAGAGUUGUCAGUGAGGCUGUCUCCACAUCUGCAGAGACGUACCCCAUGUUUAUAUUUGCGGAAGGUCAUAGUAGAAUGGAGGAGGAGGAAAGCAGAAGCCCAACCAAUAUCACCUACAUCCUAAGGAAUAACGAACUUCAAAGGGUCAACACUAGUGACAGCAUGGAUGAAUUUGUCCUAUUGUGA